GCGCCAUCUUGUUGCAGUUGCCGUCUCUGCGUCAGUCUCAGUCCGUCUGCCGUGCUGUACCAUUUUACCUAUAGUUCCCAGGAAUGUCGAAUUUCGAGGGUUUUUCAAGCAUUGGUGACUUUAUGUCGCUACCGUAAUUCACUUUUUCAGCCGGACAGCUUCGCAUUGACGCGAGUCGCGAUUCAUUAUAGUUGAGGUACCGUCCAGAUUCUAAUCUGCAGCAAAGCCUAACUAAUCGUUUUCUUUUCCAUCAGCCCUUUAUCAUACAUCAUUGAAAAUCACUUAGUCUUUCUCCUUUAGAAAUCCCUAUGCAGUCUAUGAAAUCAUUCCGUCGUCUGUCACGCAACAUUUAUACUUAGAAAAUAAAGUUGUCUCGUAUUAAACUGCUCAGUGUGUCAUAUCAUGAAUCGGUCCAGUUUAGCGAAGGUGAAUGUUCCAGAUGAACUCCGCGAUUUGUUGUUAGACUUUACAAUUAGCUAUUUACUAAAUCAGCCCCCGGAUUUGUUGGAUUAUGCGGUCGAUUAUUUCACGAAAAUGAGAAACAAUUGCCCCAGAGGUGGUGUCAGGCACACGAGAGCCUCUACCCCAGGUGAUGAAUCAAUUUCAGAAGACGAACCACCCGUGGCCCGUUUUGGAACCAGAAGGAAAUCAGUAUUUGCUGAAGCUUACAAUCCCGAGGAGGAUGAUGAGGACGAAGGACUGAAGGUUGUGUAUCCAAAAUCAGACGAACAGAGGAGAGCGCUAGCAGAUAGUGUGAAAAAUAUUUUAUUAUUCCGUUCACUAGAUAAGGACCAAAUGAACGAAGUAAUCGAUGCAAUGUUCGAGAAAAAAGUCCAGAAAGGAGAUUAUAUUAUCAAGCAAGGAGAUGAUGGUGACAAUUUUUAUGUAAUACAAGCAGGUGAUUAUCAAGCAUUUGUCAACGAUGGAAAUUCUGAUAAACUUAUUCACACUUACCAUGAUAAAGGUAGUUUUGGAGAGUUAGCUCUUUUAUACAAUAUGCCGAGAGCUGCCACAAUUCAAGCUGCAUCAACCGGUUCAUUGUGGGCCAUGGAUCGUCAGACGUUCAGGCGUAUUGUCCUCAAGAGUGCUUUCAAAAAAAGGAAAAUGUAUGAAGCCCUCAUAGAUGGUGUACCGAUGUUAAAAGCGUUGCAGCCGUAUGAGAAAAUGAAUUUGGCCGAUGCUCUGAUUCCUCGUCACUUCACUGAUGGCCAGCGUAUUAUCAAGCAAGGUGACGCUGCCGAUGGUAUGUACUUUGUCGAGGAGGGUGAAGUGAAAAUAUUCAUGCUUGAUGAGUAUGGCCAAGAAGUAGAAAUCAAGCAGAUAGGCAAAAGUGGGUAUUUUGGAGAGUUAGCAUUGGUUACUCAUAAGCCCCGAGCAGCCUCAGCGUACGCUUCCGGAAAUGUCAAAUUAGCAUGUAAGUACUCUUUCUGUUUUAAAUAGAUUUUUAUUCGGGGCAUCCAGAAAGUCUUGUUAUCAACUGUCAUAUGAGUGAAUAGAUUCAGCCAGCAAAAUUCAGGUUAUACGAGCUUAUAAAUUAGCUUUCCAACUAGA